AUGCAUACCACUUUGGUGGCUCUGAAUGCCGCUACAAACGCACAUAUGGACGGUUUACACUGUGCUAUGGAAGAUUGGUUUAACUUGAGUACCUAUUUAGGUUUUUGCCUUCGCGAAUGGGCCCAGGAGGAUGAUUACCGUCGCUUGGCUUCUGGUGGCGAGAUUGCCCCGAAUGGUACGAAACGCGCCUUCACUCUUGACGACAUUCGUUUGUUCGAUUCAGGUAAUUGUCCUGUUUUGAUUGCUGCGUUUAUCGAGAAUUUUGAUGCCGUGGCCCGCUCCAAUGUCAAGUUCUCUUGGCAAAAGAAUCACGAUCAUGGCAAAGAAAACUGCUUUCCAGCAAUCCCAGCAACCCUUCCCGUGACGCUCUGCAGAGUCUCCAUAACAUCGUCAGCCGAUUCGCCCGGAUUGUCGGUCUGGAUAAGACCGAUAUUCCGCUUGCAGUGUACAAAGGUUCCUUUGGUGAAACGUUUUUCAUUCACAGCAAAGUCAUUGCUUCCACCCUUUGGACCUUGGCCAAGAAGACUUACCACCUUACUGAUCGCGAUCUGCAGCGACAUUACAAAUAUACAUCCCACUCUCUUUGAGCUGGGGCGGCGGUGA